AUGGGAUCCCACAACUUUCCUCUCCCGCCAUCGAGUGCCGUCGGUAAGAAGCGCAACGCAGCACCAUCACAGCCAUUCCUAACGCGCCCGCAGACUGGACAGACCUCGCCUUCGACCCGAUCGAAGGUUUGCCCUCCCCCUCCUCCUCCCACCUGCCCACCCACUAACCCCGCCCUCCAGUCAACGGCCACAUCCAAAGCACCUACUCGGCCGCAACCUCCCAAUGGACCACCCCGACCUUCGUCCGCGACCCGCACCUCCGCAUCCACGGCCUCUCCCCCGCCCUCAACUACGGCGUCCAGGCCUUCGAGGGCCUCAAGGCCUUCCGCACGCCCGCCGGCGCCGUCCAGCUCUUCCGGCCGGGCGCCCACGCCGCGCGCUUCGCCGCCGCUCUUCCUGCGCGCGGUGCGCCUCGCCGUCGCGCUCAACAGCGCCUUCGUCCCGCCGCGGGGCAACGGCGCCGCGCUGUAUGUGCGCCCGCUGGCGUUCGCGGCCGGCGCGGCCGUCGACAUGGCGCCGCCGAGCAGCGCCGUCUUCUGCGUCUUCGUGCUGCCGGUCGCGCCGCUGCCGGCGGGCAAGGCGGGGAGCGGGCUGCGCGCGCUGGUGGUCGAGAAGAUGGAUCGCGCGGCGCCGAGGGGUACGGGCGGCGCCAAGGUCGGGGGCAACUACGGGGCGGCGGUGGCGGUGAUGCGGGAUGCGAAGGCGGAAGGGUUCGGGCUUACGCUGUUCUUGGACAGCGCCACGAGGACUGUUGUCGAUGAGUUCUCGGCGAGUGGGUUUGUGGGGGUGCGGAGAGAGGGUGGCGGCGGGGUGACGCUGGUGGUGCCGACGGGUGCGGCGAUUUUGAAGAGCAUCACCGUGGAUAGCGUGUGCCGGAUUGCCGAGUCGUUUGGGUGGCAGGUGGAGAGGCGGGCGGUGCUCUAUUCGGAGCUGGCUGGCCUUUCCGAGGCCUUUGCCGUUGGAACAGCAUUUAUUAUAACGCCUGUUCGUUUAAUUACUCGAAAAAUCGGCGUAUUCUCGUCUCCUUAG